AUUUCCCACCAUUCUAUGCGGUGAGGCAAGGCAUCAUAUGAAAACGGCCAUGUCGUGGUGCUAACAAAUUGGUGGAAGAACGAACGGGCAAUAUUCUUUGUUAGAAGUGUACAAACAGGACUAAAUAAAAUAGCUAGUUACUUGCCAUAUACUUUUGUAAUAUAUAUUUAUUUUCCACACUCAAAGAAAAAGGAAGACGGUAUGAGUGGAGGGACGCCCUACAUCGGGAGUAAAAUUAGCCUAAUCUCGAAGGCCGAGAUUCGUUAUGAAGGAAUUUUAUACACAAUUGACACCGAAAAUUCGACUGUUGCUCUCGCCAAAGUCCGCUCCUUUGGCACUGAGGACCGCCCUACUGACAGGCCAAUUCCACCACGAGAUGAAGUCUUCGAGUACAUCAUCUUCAGAGGGAGUGAUAUCAAGGAUCUGACUGUUUGCGAGCCACCGAAAGCCACCAGCUCCCUGCCUCAGGACCCUGCCAUUGUUCAAUCCUCUAUUGGAUCCACCAAUGCUCCACCCCCAUCAUUCCAGUCUGUGGGAUCAUAUGCACCCUUUAGCAGCAGGGCUCCUGUCCCCCCUUACAGCCAGUUUAACCCAAGCCCCCUGGUGUCCCAGCAGUUUGGAGUUGUUGGUGGAGGUCGCACCAGUCCCCAGCUGGACCCUCUGAGGAAGAGCCCUUCCCUGGAGCAGGCAGUGCAGACUUCCCCCACCACUGCCCCUGCACCAGUGGGACAAAGGAGCCCAGCUGGCCCACCAGCCAGGCCCAUCACUACCCCGGGCAACCAGAAGCCCCCAGACAUCCUGGAACAGAGGAGGGGCCCUGAGGUUCAGAAAAUACCCAGACCAGAUUCUGAGCAAGGUGGUGGCGACAACCGGAAUAACCGUCAAUGUGCCGGUGGUCCUCCCCCUCAGCGCCGUGGUCGUGGAGGUGGUCACCGUGGAAGAGGCCGCUUCAACCCACACAGGGACGGUCCCAUGAAAUUUGAUCAGGACUUUGACUUUGAGACUGCCAACGCUCAGUUCAACAAGGAGGAGAUUGAAAAAGAAUUUCAGAACAAACUCAAACUGAAAGAUGACAGGCCUGAUAAAGCAGAGAAGGCUCUUAAUGGAGAUGAGAAGGCAGAUUCUGGAGUGGAGACACAGAACAGUGAAGGCAAUGCUGAGGAAGAGGAACCUGUGGUGGCCAGCGUUUACUACGACAAAACUAAGUCCUUCUUUGACAACAUUUCUUCUGAUGAUACAAGGAAAGCAGCUGAGCGAUCUGGAGGUUCAGGAUUCCCAAGGAGGCAGACUUGGGCUGAGGAGAGGAGGAUGAAUUCGGAGACCUUUGGCAUCCCACUGAGGCACAACCGAGGCCGGGGAGGCUUCAGAGGAAGUCGUGGCGGCAUGGGCUUCCGUGGGGGCAGAGGGCGUGCCAUGAGCAGAGGUUCCUUUGGACCCCCCCGUGGGGCCCCACCCGGCUUCAGGGGAGGAUUCCGAGGAGGCAGCAGAGGUGGCCGGGAGUUUGUUGAAUAUGAAUACAGGAAGGAUAACAAAGUGGCUGCGUAGUGCACCAGAAAGACGAAUCCAUCAGGAAUUGUAGCCCUUCAUGGUCCAGAAAUAUUUGUCCAAAAUAAUGAAGACAUACUCUGUAAAUUUGCCACCAGCACUGGGGUUGACUGCUUGAUUUCAACGGGUGUGAAUGCAGCUUCUUUACAAAUUUCUUUUUUUUCUCUCUGAAAAAUACAACAAAGGAAUAUGUGCUUUUGAAAAUUUGAGUGUGGUUUGAUAUUAUCCAGUAAUCAGAGGGACAAGAACUUGUGUAAAUACUGUACUGCAGUGGAAUUAUUCAGUAUUUUUGCAUCUAUUUGAGUUUCUUACUAAAAUUGUAUUUGAUAAUGUUCUGUUGUGUAAAGAUGAAUGCAGAAGAACGCUGAUACUGUGAGUACUUUGAUCCCUGAAAAUAGCUUUAUUUUUUGGAUAUAUCCUGCAAUGUAACUUAGGAGUACUAAAAUGCUACAUAGCCUGCCGGGUCACAGUUUUUGUUUUUUAUAUUCUCCUAGUCUAUCUCAGUAGCCAUUUAUCCCGUGUUUUGACGUUCUGCUGUACUUUGCCAAGUUUCUUAGUCAGAUAAACUCUUGUGGUGUUCCUGCUAAAAGACUAAAAUGUAAAUGUUCUUGGGGUACAUCAAGUAGAUAAGUGGUUUAAAUCAUAGGCUCACUUUUUUGUAGAGAUCCUGCCUUCAAAUUAAGGUAGUCAGUUCACACCUUUAACAUAAGCUAUUUAUACAAGAUUGGAGUAGGUCGGACAUCCUGAAAACACUUUGUAUUAUGGAGCAUUUUCAGUAAUCGGGAUCAUUCGUUUUAUAAUCAUAUUGAAGGAAUGUAUUUUCUACUGCAUCACGCUGUUAUUUCUGCCCCAAAGAUAUUGUGUGGUUGCCACUUAACUUCUGGUUUUAGAAAUGCAUAUGAAAUUAAUUGAUUCAGAGCUGUUGGGAAGUUUUCUCUACCCCCUCUAAUAAUGCCCAGUGUAUCCCAACAUCCGCUAAUGCUGGUUGCCAACUACAGGUCGUGUUGGAAAGGACUGCAGUCUGUGAUUCAGUGAUGGUGUGCGACGCACAUAUUUGCUCUGGCAUAUUUUUGUUAAAUGUAGUGUUGGUGACUAUUGCUCUUUACUGUAGUCAAGGGAGGCUUUUCUGCAACAAUCAUGACUGAACAUGGAGCAUCAGUCAUUAGAAAUGUCUAUCUAGCCUUCUCCAUCUACCCAGUGCUUGAAUAUGAAUUGAAUUAGCUGCCAUGUUUUAACUAGCUGCUUAACAAGUGUCUGGAGUUAAGUCAUUGUUGACCUCUAAAUGUUUGCCCUGCAAGAGAAGAUGGCUGGUUCUGACUUAGACUGCUGUGUAAGCAGAUUGGUCUUGUCCGCAGUAUGGAAUGGGACUGGGAGCAUUGGGCUACUUAUUCUGUUUCAAAACAAUUUGCAGUUCAAGUGUUACUGAUGUAUGUUAACAUUUUUCUAGCAGACUGUCUUUCUUUACUUGAUGGUCUAUUGGCAUGCUUGCCCUUGUAUUGUGUUGCAUCUAAAACAACAAUCUGGUGUGCUCAACUCUAAACCGAAAGAUGCUGGUGUUUUUGUUUUUCGGUCCCCCUAAUGCAACUUCAGUGAAAAAUUGUCUCAUUCACCAGCUGUAUGGACUGCGUAGUAGCCUUGCACAGAAGUGAUUCUCAUGCAAGCUUGUUCUGAAAAAAGAAAUUGAGAACUGCCUAUCUAUUUGUUGAAGUGACAAAAUGUUGGAGAGUAAGGGCUGUAUAACGUAGGAAAAAUCUUCAUAUUCAGCAAUAAUAUUCUGCACAGCUAGGGUUGGGUAUAGAUUUAUUUUGUUUAAGUCCAACCACUAAGUUUACAUGAGGUUGAAGGAAACAAAUGAAAUUCACUUGUUGGAAGAAGUUUGAUACAAGAAAAGUAGUGUAGUUACUCCAGGCCUUAAAACCAAUCUACUAAGCUUCUGGAAGAAUUCCUAGUGAUCUAAUUCCAGCAUUUGUAAUAAACCGCAUCGGUGCUCUAAGCUUGCAAUAUUUGUCCCUUUCCCCAUGCUUGGGGAAGUCUAUUGAGCACUGUUUAUUGUCCAGUGCUAGCAGUUUGGAGGAUUAUCCAUAAAAUCACACCUCUGGAAAAGAUUCAGAUUUUUUUUAUGGGAUAUUUUCUUUUUGUCUGUAAGCUACAGGGAUGUGAACUGGAUGUUUAAACCAGCAGAGAAUGGGGUUGGAUUGUUUCAGAUAUUCUCACUUUUUGUCAGUAUGUUUGGGAGUGAAGGAAGGGGGAUUAUGUAUUUAUCUUUAAAUUGACCUACAGUAUGAUGACAAUAUGUAACAUGUACUAUUUGAAAACACUACAAAAUAAACCUGAUCUAGAUCAUAAAAAAAUGUUGGGCAACUAGGCCAAUAUAUCCUGUAGUUCAUAAAUGUGCAGUUUUACUGAAUUGUUGUACAGGUUGAUAAUACAGAGCAAUGCAUGGCAGCCUUAGCCUUGUAGGAAUCACCCUGAUCUUUGAGCUUGUGAGAUCAAGAUGGCUUGUGCGAGGCUAUGGCAGCCUUGCCUUGUGAUAGAACACAAAAUAGUGACUCCGAACAAGGAUUAUACACAUGAGCCUGGGCAGUUGCAAUAAUCACAUCGGUGUCAGGUCCAGAGCUAAUUUGAGAUUUCAAACAGUGCAUAUUACCUACAUAUUACUGUAGUGUUUUGACUACAUGAGUUACUCCUUCUGACCUCUGGAAUAAUAAAGCCAGAUAUUGUUUCUAAAUAAAGCAGUUGAACAGCAUGGUGUACUUCAAUUGGGCCGCCCUAUGCAGACAGGUUUUUACUCCAGAUAAAAAAUAAACAAUUGUUCAAUAACCA